CACACAAGAGUUUUUUUUUUUUUUUCUUGUCUUUUAAACUAUAUAAUUAGUUAAUUAAUAUUAUAUAUGUAGUACACGUUGUGUGCAGACUUCUAGAGGACUUGGCUCCAAUGUUGAACAGAAAAAUUAAUGGGUAAGUUCAAAAGGGUUUGUGUCUUCUGUGGAAGUAAUUUAGGGAAUAAAAAGAUCUUCAGUGAUGCAGCUAUUGAUCUUGGAAGACAACUGGUGGAGAGGAAGGUGGAUUUAGUAUAUGGAGGAGGGAGCUUUGGGUUGAUGGGUCUGGUCUCUCGGACAGUUCAUAAUGGUGGAUGUCAUGUUCUAGGGGUUAUCCCAACAGCUCUUAUCCCACUAGAGCCAGAGAUUUCAGAACAUACAGUCGGAGAAGUGUUGACUGUAUCAGAUAUGCACGAAAGAAAGGCUGAGAUGGCUAAGAGAGCUGAUGCUUUCAUAGCUCUCCCUGGAGGGUAUGGAACUUUGGAAGAGUUGCUUGAGAUGAUAACAUGGUCUCAGCUUGGAAUCCAUGAUAAACCAGUCGGUCUCUUAAAUAUAGAUGGGUAUUAUGAUAGCUUGCUUGGAUUGUUUGACAAAGGUGUAGAAGAUGGAUUCAUCAAUCCUUGCGCGAGGAACAUUGUCAUUUCUGCAAAGAAUGCUGGGGAAUUAAUCCAAAGGAUGGAGGAUUAUGUACUUCGACACGAUGAAGUGGCACCAAGUAGUCAUUGCUGGAUAAUAGAGAAAGCAAUGCAAAUCUGUAGCUGUUUUCUCUCUUGAUAUAUUUGUAUGGUGUGUGCAAGCCAAAAAAGGGUGAAAAUACACAACAUUCUAUGUAGUAAAUAGGCAUUAAUGCUAUUUAUGGAAGCAAACUUUGUUAAUGGGAGCCA